CCACCCAUACAGAGACCCCGCACAGCCCAACCCAACAAAGAACCCCUCCGGCCAGAAGAGUCACAGUCACAGCCACAGCCACAACUACUCCUCAAUCGCUUCCACCAACACACACCCACCAGCUCGUCCCCGUCACCAUCUCCCUCUCACACGCCGUGUAGAUAAUUCUCCUUCGACCUAAUUCAAUCAACGCUGCCAGGCUAGCCAAACUUCUCCUAAACGAGUCUCACCUACCCCUAAGAACAAAGAACACUUCCACAAUGCCACGAAGAUCUCGCGCCCAUGACACCAUCGAGGAAGAUAUCUACGGCCGCGAGCGCGAUCCGUACUCCCGUCACAGCAGAGGGAGAGACCGACGCCGCCACUUCAAAGAAGAAGAGGAGGAACUCCGGUACGACCGACGAGUACCGCCGCCGCCUCCACCGCCUCCACCAUCAGCACCGCCGAUGCCCGUGCCGGUUGAGAAGUUUGAACGGAUGCGGAUACGGGAUGAGAGAGCCCGGGGCCCGGAGAUGAUGAUCCCUGUGGCCCCGGCGCCGCCGGUUGCGUCGCAGCUAGUGAGGGAGAGGGGGAGGGAGGAGCUCAAGGCCAUGAAGCCUGUGCGUCGGCCGGUGCGAGAGGUUAUUGAACCGAGAGAGAGGACGCGGGAGUUCGAGAGGGAGAGGGAUCGGAGGGGGAGGCCGAGGUAUCGCGGGGUUGAUUUGGAGAAGGAGAGGUUUGUUCUGGAGGAAGAAGAGGAGGAGGAGGAAGAGGAAGAGGAAGAGAGUUCCUCAUCGGAGUCGGAGAGUAGUAGUCUCGAGGAGAGUGAUACGGAAGAGGAGGAAGAGGAUAUGGUUAUUGUCGGGAGGCACGGGAGGCCGAAGCACGGCCACUUGUCACGAAGUGCAGAGCUAAAAGAGGCUCCGAGAGGGAUUCUGCGCAACCCGAAACCAGAGCAGGACGAGUUGCUGCUGAAGCGGCAUUAUGAGCGCACUCGCAGCAGCGGUCCGGUGUAUGCUACUGCUACGCGGACGCGACACAAGCACCGCCAUCACCGACAUAGAGAUCUCGAAGAUGCGGACGGUGAGCUCGACGAGGAAGUGGACAGAGAGGAGGUCUUCCGCCGGAAGUAUAGGGAGCGCAGACGUGGUGGAGAUGUGGUCGAGGAGGAAGAGGAGAUCCGACGGUCUUCGUCGGAGAUGGAAAGGUCUCGACUUCCGUCGCCAAAGAGAUAUCCUGCCUUCUCGGAUAGGCAUGUCUACGACGAUCACCAAAAGACUCAUCGCCCUUGGCUCUGUAAUUCAGACCUCCUUUACGAGUCUGAGACCCAUCGUCGAGGACGACUGGAUAGGAAUGAGAUACCUAUAAUUCGACCCAAAAAAAGGGGCGGUCACCCUCCACCGCAUCCAGACCCUUACCGACGUUCGAAAGACGCCCUUCCUCUCGUUGCCCCCGAAGCGAAGUUUGCUGAGCGCGAAAAAGAAGUGCUCACUGUAGUGCGCCGCGACGGCAGCCACGAGUCCCUCAAGGAAGAAGAAUUCGUUGAAGAGGACUAUUAUACGCCUCCAGGCCAUCAGCCAUUGCCGAAGAAAAAGUCGUUCAAGGAAAAGGAUCAACUCGAGGUUAUCGGGCCAGUCCCCCGAGCGAAACAUGACAGAGCCCCGCCGGACACUGAUGCGUUGCGAUACCCUGACCGGGAUCCAAAGCGUGGCUUUGGUGAGCCCCAACAGUCCGACGAGGACUCAAGCCGUCAGUUUGGUAGGAUAGGAAGACGGUUUGUCGGUGUCAAGGACCAUCGCGAGCGCCUCUGGACCGAGAUCACGAGGGACUUGGUCGUGAAGGAAGCCCUCGAACGGGCGGGCUAUGAGUAUGAGGAGACAGAAACGUCGUACUUCAUCUUUACCUACUUGGAGAAGGAGCAAGUCGAUGCACUGAUCGAGCAUUCGGAAGACAUUCGCCGCGCACGCCGCCGUCGGGUCCAAGAGAUCCACCGCGAGCGAACCUCGUUGCCUCCUCCUACAGCUCCUGGGCCACCGCCGCCACCGCCGCUGCCUGCAUCAGCUACGGACAAGGCCGGCCCCCUACUGCUGGACAGCCCACCCCCACGCUUUCCUCGAGAGGAACGCCGACGAACGGAGCGAGAGAUGGUUGCAGAAGGAGGACGCUGGAGGCCACCACCGCCUCGGGCGGAGCGAUGGUGAUAGUCGACUUCUUACAGAAGCAUUACAUGAGUGGAAAGCCUGCUGCACAUGUGUCCGAGACUGCAUUGACAUUUCAUGUGUG